UGAAUAAUAUCAUUCCUUUUCAUAUUUACCUUCCUGCUUUGAAAUUCCAUGACGCGGAUGUAUUAAUCGGUCAGUUUCUUAAGAAUCCGAUAAACCGAAUAACGUUACAUUGUAGUCAUUGCUGAGCUAAAAUGCAUAGACGACCACACACUGCUUUUGAAAGGUCAACGAAGAGAGAAGAUCUCGGAAGCCAUUUAAACUAUCGAUCACUUUCACCUGAGACUACCUCACAGUAUGAAAGAAGAUACUUGCGAGCGCCAGGGGCUGAAUAUGACAGUCGCUUACGACUGCAAAAAGAUGAUCCAGUCCUGGACAGAGCACAAUUGUAUUUGUCAAGAGAUGACGCAUUUGGUCAGGCUAUGAGGAAUGUACACGGAUUCAAACCAAUGACAACAACUGUAGGUUAUGACCAAGAACGGCGGGGUAAAACUUACAGUAGUGCUGAUUUCGAUACUGAAUUUUCGGACACCUUCGACGAUUUACCGGGCCAACACAUGAAGCAGACCCAGCUUCGAAGAUCUAAGGAAGCAAGCAAGCAAAUGCUGUACGCCGUGUUUUCGAACGCUAUGGCAAUCCUGGAACAAUUUGAAACACGAGAGUCGCCCAGAAAGAAUCUGCAAAAAUCCUUCCUUUACAUCCCUGAUCAACGUAAAAAAUCGGACGAGGAUAUUAGAAGUAUCCUUGAGACACAGGUAUUACUCUUCGAGACCCAAGCCAAGUCGUGUCCGUCCUAUGUAAGGGCGGAGGUGGGUUCGGAAUUGAGACGCAAGGUCUUGGAGUGGAUGGCUGUCAGAGCAGACAAGGAUUGCAACAUUGAGGACACAGACAUGUUUGCUGCCCAGAUGUACGAGGUACUGGUUACAGGGAGAACAACGCAUGCCUUUCACAGUAGAAUAAGAAGGCCCCACAGUGCCGCCACUAUCCGGGAGUCCAUGCCUCACAUACUUGGAGGCCUGCAUUCCGCUAGACAGCUUGACGAGGACUUCCGGACACACGAGGGCAAGAAAGCCAUUCGUCCUGAAACAAGACGCAGUUCUUCUAUAAGGCCAAUCAAUUCAGGUGCAAAACGAAUUUUGCGUUGCAAACCAGCAUUGAAAACGCAACUUGAAGACGAUGUUGAGCUCUUCGAAGGCAGUUUGGUUGAUGUGAAAUAAGUAUCAACAAUCUUCAUUCAAGUUUACCCGUGUUAACUUCGAGUAUUGUUCGGGACUGAUAAAACUAUUAUAUUUUAUCAAUAAUGUAUUAAGCAGUUAGCUGUUUAAUUGAAAUUUCAAAUUAUGUAUGUAAAAUAUACAUGAAAUAUGUUAGUAAUGGUGAAAAAUGAUGCGUAUUUACCAUUCAAAACUAAACAAUGGUAAAAUAUGUUAUAAAUAAGUAAUAUGUUAGCUCGUUGCUUAGAUCUUUCGAGAAUUAAUAAGUUAAGGCCAGAAUCCUUACAAAAAUUCAUACAUUAUUGGUAACAGUUCCAAAAUUUAAUCAUUAUACUUGAUGUGUACAUAUAUAUUUAGAACAGGCAUUUAUACAUAUUGGAGUGGAAAGCUCAACAGUUUGUUGUUUCCUCAUCUUACACUAAGUCUUACGUAAUUGCUCUUACAAUAAAUGUUUUGCUUCAUCUAUAUACAUAUAUUAUGUGUUGUGUUUUAUAGAUAUAGUUGUAAUCCGCUUUCAAAACCGUCCCCGGUGUAUGUGAUUGUUCUAACAAUACAUUCUUAUUGACAUGUGAAUGUUUUAUUGAUAUACAUAUUUUGUAUCGUGUUUUAUAGAUAAAAUUAAGAUCUGCUUUCCAAACCGUCCCAUCCUAUGUAUAUAUUUCACAAUAAUAUAUAUAUAUAUAAUUUUCUAGUAUUGAUGUAUUCGUUUACUUGUUUUAUUUGAAAAAUGCUAUUAUUUUAGUUACUACUUUUUCGGACUUAAUUCGAAGUUUUUGCCAGAUAUUUGUUAGUGUUUAGUU